AGAAGCCGUGUCAGGAAGACAUCUUUCAUUGGCACCAGACUCGGCCUCGACGGAAAUUUCCCUACCACUGCAAGACGCAUAGCUACUGAGAUCGGUCUGUCGGCCAGUGUCUACACUAGGCCGCCAUGCUUACGGAAGAUGGGCUCGACCCGAGGCAGGAUUUGGCGCCAGCGGGGCAGACCUGUCUCAACGAGUACCGAUCGCGAGGGCGAGCAUAGUCUGCGGUCAGACAAAGGUGUCUGUUCCUAAGCGCCCGAUCGGCAAUUCAGUGGAGCCUCGAGACUAG